AUGGCGGAUGACUUGGGAGCUCGCAACCCCGCUUAUUGCCUUCCAUAUGAACUUCUUCUAGAGGUUUGGAAACACGCCCGAAGCCAAGGCUUCGUGUCAGAAAAGGGACGGACGUGGAUACCAACCGCAUUCACCGUCUCUCAGGUCUGUAAAUGGUGGAGACGCGCAGCAAUUACUACGCCGGAUCUGUGGCGGGAGAUCCGAUUUCUUUCCAAUGCACAGACACCGAAGAUUGUGGAGAUGAUCAAGCUACAGCUCGAUAGAUCCGAUGGCCGGUCCCUCGAUAUCGCUGGCAGACUUUGGUGUAGCGGGCCGGCUGCUUCGGCCAUCUUCCAACGGGAGAAAGAGGUUGCCCACCAGCUUCUAUCCCUCUUGUCCAGAUAUGCCCUUCAGUGGGACUCGUUCAGCAUCGUGGUCGAGGGCGCAAGCGCUCUGCGAGAUUGCGACACCAUGCUAGCCCUCAUUGACAACCUCGUAUGCUGUGUAGAUGCUCCCCAUCUCGAGCACCUCCAGAUCGAAUGCUCAGGGUACCAGGGACAGCGGUACGGUGCAGUCUCGCGCUGCAGACAUCUUAGGCUCGAAGAAGGCCUCUGGAACGUAUCUCACCUCCAUUUACGCAGCGCGUCGGUCGAUCUGCAGGAGACCCCACUGGCUCGUCUGACUACGCUUGACAUAGGCUGUCUGCCCCCGGACCUUCGAUUCCUCCUCUCGGAUUUCGGUGAAAUCCUCACCCGCGCCUCGUCCCUUUGCUCGCUUUGCUUCACAGGUCCUUGUCUACAGGGCGGAUCAUUGGGCUACGGGCCGAUACAUAUGCCAUGCCUGCGCUCGUUGACGUUCAAUGAAUGCAGCAGCGACCUCGAUGAUGAUGGCUUCAUGUUCGAGCUCCAUUGCCUAAUCUCAGCGCCCAACUUAGUCUCUCUCGUUUUGGGUGGCCUGCAGUAUACGGCUUUGCGGGAUUUCCUCCGGUCAACUGGCGGGGGCAUCCGCCCUAAGUAUCCUGCGCUUGCUCGCCUGUGUUUGCGCAAUGUGGAGACGUUUAAUCUGGUAAUUCCCAGUGCGCAGAUGCAACUUGAACUCUGUGCGGAACUCGCUCGUCGUUUUCCUACGAUUGAGCAUCUGGAGCUGGAGAAUAAGUCCUGCUUUCUGCUGUCGUCACUUGUAGCCGACACACAAAGAAACCCUUACCUAUUCCUCUUUCCUCACCUCUGCAAAUUAUCCUGGCUCCCGCUUCGCGCUGGAGAUAGCGAUUCCAUCAAGAAAUACAUGACUGCUCGUGCGUCAGCUGGCAAGCCACUCACAAGCCUAAGGCUGCAGGACUCUCGCUUCGUGCGAGUUAGCAAGUCCGAUAUCGAGUGGUUUGAGAAACGAGUGCAACUCGAAUUAUCGAGUCACAUUCAGGAUCCGGAUCCCUAUGAGUGGCCUGGCCAAGUAAGUCCACCCGCGCAAGCCCUGCAGUAA